UUCGGGUAAGUUCGAUGGCCAUAUGGAGCUCCGACUUCUCCCUGGCUUCCAUCCCUUCUCGCAAAUCCCUCCCCAGAACUUCUCUUUCCAUCUCAACUUCUCAUGGUUCAUCCAUCACCUUCUCCUCCAAAAGACAUAGAAUCCUCAAUGUCAACUUCUCCAAUUCUCCUUCCCAUCUUCUUGAAGAGGCGGCGAAUGGUGUCCCAGUUAUCCAAGUCCCCUCCAAUUCUCCAGCCCGACAACCGUCUCCCAUCUCAGACCUUGACCUCACUAACGAAUUCAUCUGCGGUUUGUGCAGGGUUCCUCAAACAGAAGCUCUCGCCUUCGAAUACUAUCAAAAAGCCAGAGAACAACCAAAGUUUCAUCCAGACCGCAGGACUUUCAAUCUUUUGAUCAGGAUUCUGCUCAAACAUAAGCAAUGGGGCUCCAUCUCAGCUCUAGUAGAAGAUUUUGGUGUCUUCAAUUUGUUUCCUGAUCGAUCCAUGUGUACUAGAUUGGUCAGUGGUUGCGUUAAAGCGAGAAGGUUCAAGCUUGCCGAGUCUUUGCUUCGAAUUCUCGCAACCAGGAAGGGGACGACUGCCAUCUCAACUUUUUGCUCCGCAAUGCAUGGUUACAACAAGCUUCAUAUGCACAAUUGUACGGUUGCAGUGUACGAUCAGGUGAGGAUGGCUGGUCUUCCUCUAAACUCUGGCUGCUAUCGCUGGAUCAUGGAUGCAUACCGGAAGAUGGGGGACACUGAGACUGUGCUUGCCCUGUUUCUCGAGUUUGAAUCGAAAAGUUGGAACUCGUUGGCUAUUUCUGUUGAGAUUUAUUCGAUCUUGUUGGAUUCGUUGGGUAGAGCAGGGAGAGCUUUUGAAGCUUUUAAAUACUUCAAAGAGAUGGAAAAGAAGGAAAUACAGCCCAAUCCUUCCAUCUAUUCUUCACUUAUUUGUUCCUUUGCAGGGACUAGAGAGGUGGAGAUGGCAGAAGACCUCCUUCAAAAAGCCCGAGAGAAGGGAAUGGUGAGAGACUCAUCUGUCUUUAUGAAGCUUGUGAUGAUGUAUGUGGAAGUGGAGCUGGUAGAGAAGACAAUUAGGAUUGUGGAGGCGAUGAUGGAGAUGGGACUCAAGGUACCAGAUUGCAUUUUAUGUGCAGUUGUUAAUGGCUUUGCUAAGAAAAGAGGACUUAAGGCUUCGGUCUGGGCAUACGACCAAUGCAUCUUUAAUGGAUGUGAGCCAGGGCAAGUGACCUAUGCUUCCAUCAUUAAUGUCUAUGGCCGUUUGGGGCUCUUCCAGAAGGCAGAGAUGGUGUUUCUGGAGAUGAUGGAGAAGGGGUUCGACAAAUGUGUGGUUGCCUACUCGAAUAUGAUAUCGAUGUAUGGGAAGGUUGGGAGGGUGAGGGAUGCUAUGAGGCUUUUGGCCAAGAUGAAAGAGAAGGGAUGUGAGCCUAAUGUUUAUGUUUAUAAUUCUCUCAUAGACAUGCAUGGAAGACGCUUGAACCUAAGGCAGGUGGAAAAAGUUUGGAAGGAAAUGAAACGAAGGAGAGUAGAACCAGAUAAGAUUAGCUAUACAAGCAUUAUUAGUGCAUAUAACAAGGCUAGAAAAUUGGAUGAGUGCAUUAGGUUUUAUGAAGAGUUUAAGAUGAAUCGAGGAAAGGUUGAUAGGGUUUUGGCUGGGAUAAUGGUCGGUGUUUUUUCGAAGGGUAGUAGGUUUGAUGAGUUAGUCAAGCUGCUGCAGGACAUGAAAUCUGAGGGGACGGGGUUGGACGAGAGACUCUACGAGUCAGCCUUGAAUGCUUUAAGAGAUGCAGGGUUGCAAGUUCAUAUGAAGUGGUUUGAGAAGAGUUUUGGUUUGAAAAAGAUAGACUUGAUGGAGGAGUGAGAUGAAGAGGAUCGAUCUGCAUAAUUCUUUGCAUGUCAUGCCUAAUCUGCAAAAGGCCGUGGAGGUUUAGGCUGCCAUUGGCUUUUGAGGACAACAGCUUCCUCCUCUGGAUCAUUUCAGACUGUAGAGCUAGAAGUCAGCUAAUAUGAAAUCACAAGUUGAAUACAAGAAGUCUAUGCUUCCCAUAUGAACAAAAUUAAAACGGUUUGGGGAGGUGGCGAUCAAACACAAUGAUCAGUUUUUUAGUAUGACGAGCAAUUUGGAAUUAGAUUGGGUUAUUCAUCAAUUUCUACUAGCGUUCAAGCUGGUGCUAUGCGGUAUAAUUUCUUUGGCAUGAUCUAGUGCAUCGAGUUGUUUAGUUUUGUCAUUGGUGAAACUACCUAAGCUACCUUCAAUCUCUCAUUAAUUGGAUCCAUCUUACAUAUUGUAAUUGUGUUAAUGACAUGACAGAGUAAGCCAUUCUUUGUAAUUUGUUCUUCAGAAUGUAUAUUUAUUUGUCUAUUCUUUGUACUUUAUCCCUCCAUUUUGAUCAUGUAUAUGUUAGGUUUACAUAUUAAUAUAGUUUCAGAAUUUAAGGA